AUGGAUGAGCCUCUGGAAGAGGCUCCAGCAGGAUCCUUGAAAAAUGAAAACACAGUCCAACCCUUAACUGCUGACCACUUUAAUAACAGUGAAGACUCUCAGAAGACUCAGGUUGAAGAGGAAGCAACUGACCAAUCUGCCCGAAGAGUACCGGGCCAGGCUUCUCACAAAGUUUCUGAACACGCUGGGGUCGGGUCAUCUGAGCAGAUUGACGACAAGGUAUCCAGUCAAGCUGAGAGAAGAGCUUCCCAGCAGGCUGACCGCAGAUCAUCUGGCCCAGCUGAGAGAAGAGCUUUCCAGCAGGCGGACCAAAGAACAUCUGGUCAAGCAGAGAGAAGGAUUUCUGAGCCAACUGGUCAACAAUUUCCCAGCCUACCUGAGAGAAAAGCCCCUGAACAGUUAUAUGACAGAGUAUCUGUAUCAUCUGAUGGAAAAGCCUCAGAGUGGACUGGCCUGUCUGAUCAAAGAACUUCAGAAGAGAUUGAAAUUUCAGAGAAAACUGACCAGGUUUGGUUGGAUCAAGACGACCACAGAACAGUAAAGAGUCAGAGCCAACCCGAUUACCGUGAUGGCAGUGAUGAAUAUUAUUACCAGGCUGUCAGCUCCACCAAAAGACAGACUGACUACCGAUCAUACUACAAAACAAUUGCCCAGACUGAGAACCGAGUGUUACCUGAGUUUAGUGAAAGCAUUGAGGACAAAGAAGCUAAUAAAAUACAGCCCUUCAAAUUUGAAGAUAGCCAAACAGACCUCAAAUCCAGGCUUUCAUCUAUAGUAGAAACUGAAAGUACAACCACUAACCAAGCCUAUAACCCACCUGAUACCGGAUUUACCAGUGAUUCACCAUCUUCUUGUGAAAAACUGCCCUCCAUCACAACCAAAGUGUACUAUACCUCCAGUCAGGAAAAAGUUCAAGCCACAGAAACCAGUACUGAUAAUCUUUCAGAAUUUGAACAAAGAAAGUAUUCUCAUAGAUCCAGUCAAAGUUACAAGAGGAGGUUCCCUCCGAUUGUUUAUGAAGAUCCUUACCAAGUUUCACUCCGAUACAUGGAGAAGCACAACAUUCUGCAUAUAUUCCAGCAGAUCACAGAAAACCUCAUCUAUGAGAAGCCAGAGGACCCCCUCAUCUUCAUGCUGUCCCAGGUUCAGGAAAUGAUCAGACACAGAGAUCAGAAGUGA